AUGAGUCAUCUUCCAGGAGUAUUGUUCUUCUGGAAAGAUCCGGAAAGACCAAUUGAUAUGAUACUUCUCCAGUCAGAUCAGUCCAAGAGUUUUGGUAAAGAAGAGCAUUUAUGCUAUUGGGAGAUCCGUUUGACUGGAAUAGCUGAGGAUAUUAUUUUAUCCUUCAGUCUUACUCUCAGAUUCAGCAGUAAUCAAUACUCAUUCACAACAUCUAAUAUUUUUAAAGGCCCCUGUGGCGCAGUAGGCAGCGCAUUGUGCUUAUACUUCAAAGGUAUACCAGAGUCACGCAGUGGUCGCGAGUUCGAACCUCGCCAGGGGCAUUAUAUUUUUUGUUUGGUUUCUCUAAAAUUACUAUGUGGCUUAGGAAAGAUCAACUGGCAAGUCAUUAAUGUCAACUCUGACGCUUUAUUCUACUACUUAAAAAAUAUUCACGAUUUUUAA